UUGGUCGCAUCAUUGUUUGAAUUGUCCAACGCUGCUAAUAAUGUUGCAACAAACACAAUCGAGUUUUAUAAUAUUUCAGUUUCCAAACCCGAUUCAGAUAAUGACUUGGUUGUCAAAACCUUGAUUAACUCUCUAUCUUCUCUUGCAAAAUCUUCCUCUGCUCUCCAUGCAACUUUUGACUCUCUUCUUUUAGACGAAAAUGGAAAUACCAAUUCCAAUUCCCAUAACCCAAAGUCUCCCACCAGAAGAAUCGAUAGAGAUCCAAAUGCUCCAAAAAAACCAUUAACUGCAUAUUUUGCUUUUAGCAAUUUUUUCAGACAGGCAUUAAAAUUAGAAAGACGUAAAGCUGGUUUAGACACAUUACCAAGUAUUGUUGUAACUCAAUUAGUUUCUACAAAAUGGAGUGAAUUACCAGAAACUGAAAAACUGAAAUGGAAAGAUGCAUAUAACAAACAUUUUGUUCUUUAUCAAACUGAAAAACUCAAAUAUUUAGCCAAUAAAGACUCGUAUACUAUUCCUUCAACU